CAAUCUCGAACAAGCGCUGGCCGUGCCUCGAAGCCUGAGGGCGGGCGAAGCGCGCGAGGGAAUCCAUGAGGGCCUCUAGGGUGCUGCCAGAUAGUGCGCCCGUUCCGGCCGACAGCGGGAGGCGGGGCGUGCGGAGAAGGGAUCUUUCCUGCCAGAUAGUGAGGCAGCGCCUGAGCCGGCCCCCGCCCGGCCUGGCCUCUUGGUUGCGUCGGCGAGGCGCGCCCCUCCCCUGAAGGAGGGGCUGCUGCUCCCGCGAGCCAUCCAGGGCAGCAGAGGCAGCAAGAGGGAAACACAAAGGCGCGGGCGCUGCUGAGGUCAACGGUGUUAAGAGGAAAAAGACUACUGCAAAAGUAACAGCCAGGUUGAUGUUCCACGUAAUGAGCUGAUAGACUGAAAAACACUGAGUUACUUUAAUGAACUAAACUGAAAAAUAUUCCUGGGCCAUGAGAUAAAACAGUUUACUACAACACAAAAAGGAGAAGAUUACAGUUAAUGUAAAGUUUCUGAUUGCACUCAUGGGUGAAGGGAGUAAUUCAGAUUGAAGCAUGAGUGCUGAGACCAGUCAGGAGGUAAUCACAACUCCUCCACCACCCAGCAUGCCUCACAAAGAGCGAUAUUUUGACCGCAUCAAUGAAAAUGACCCUGACUACAUCCGUGAAAGGAACAUGUCUCCUGACCUCAGGCAAGACUUCAACAUGAUGGAACAAAGGAAGAGAGUUACCCAGAUACUGCAGAGUCCUGCUUUUCGGGAGGAUUUGGAAUCUCUUAUACAAGAGCAGAUGAAGAAAGGCAAUAACCCAACUGGGUUACUUGCCCUGCAGCAGAUUGCUGACUACAUCAUGGCAAGCUCUUUUGCAGGCUUUUCUUCAUCUCCUCUAAGCUCUGGACUGAUUACAGCCAUCAACGACCUACCUGGGAUAGAUACCACUGCGUUUGUUAAAGGAGAAAAACUUAUUCGUUGUAAAUUAGCCAGCUUAUAUAGGUUGACAGAUUUGUUUGGGUGGGCACACUUGACAAAUUCAUACAUCACAGUAAGAGUAAGCAAAGAACAUGAUCACAUUCUUGUAAUUCCAAGAGGUCUAUCAUUUUCUGAAGCUUCAGCUUCCAAUUUGGUAAAAGUAAAUAUCAUAGGUGAGGUAGUUGAUCAGGGAAGCACCAAUCUAGGCAUUGACAGUGUGGGAUUCAGCCCUCAUGCAGCCAUCUACUCCAUGCGGCCAGAUGUCCGAUGUGUUAUCCAUAUACACACUCCAGCAACAGCAGCUGUUUCUUCCAUGAAGUGUGGCAUACUUCCUAUCUCGCAGGAAGCUCUCAUUUUAGGGGAUGUUGCUUACUAUAACUAUCAAGGAUCUCUGGAUGAACAGGAAGAGAGAAUUCAACUCCAGAAAGUUCUUGGGCCAAGCUGUAAGGUCCUGGUUCUGAGAAACCAUGGGAUAGUAGCACUGGGGGAGACAUUAGAGGAAGCUUUCCACUACAUCUACAAUGUGCAAUUAGCUUGUGAAACACAGGUACAUGCCUUAGCUGCAGGUGGCGUAGACAAUCUUCUUGUCCUAGACUUGCAGAAGUAUAAACCUUUCACACACCAUGUGGCAACAAGUGGAGGAGUUAAUAUGGCCUCUCAGUUCAAAUGGAAAAUUGGGGAACUAGAGUUUGAAGCACUGAUGAGAAUGCUGGAUAACCUGGGUUACAGAACAGGCUAUGCUUAUCGGCAACCCCUUGUGAGAGAGAAGCCCAGGCACAAGAGUGAUGUUGAGAUCCCAGCCACUGUGACUGCCUUUUCCUUUGAAGAUGAUUCUGUCCCAAUUUCUCCUCUCAAAUUCUUAGCACAAAAACAGCAGCGAGAGAAAACAAGAUGGUUAAACUCACCAAAUACCUAUUUAAAGGUGGAUGUCCCUGAAGAAUCUCGGAAUGGAGAAACAAGUCCCCGGACUAAAACGAUGUGGGUAAAAGCUGAAGAUCCAUCUAAGGUUAGUGGAGGAACUCCAAUAAAAAUUGAAGAUCCAAACCAAUUUGUCCCUCUGAAUACAAAUCCAAGUGAUGUCCUGGAGAAAAGAAAUAAGAUUCGGGAGCAAAAUCGGUAUGACUUAAAGACUGCUGGUCCACAGUCUCAGUUGCUUGCUGGGAUUGUUGUGGAUAAAAAGCCUAGUGCUCCCAUGCAGUUUGAAGAAGAUGAACAUGCUCCUCCAGCACCUCCUAAUCCAUUCAGUCAUCUCACUGAAAAAGAACUGGAAGAGUACAAAAAGACAAUCGAACGCAAGCAACAAGGAAUAGAGGAUGCUGAUCAGGAAUUAUUCUCAGAUGAUGGGUCAUCUGUUUCACAAAUUAACUCUCAAACUCAAUCCCCACAAAAUAUCCCUGACAAAUUAGAAGAAAAUAAUGAUGAUUAUCUACAGGAUGAUAACCUCAUCUCUAUGGAUCUCCCAGUGGUGGUGAUGAAUGGCAAAGAAGAUGCACAUGAUACUGAAGAGGAUCUUGCACAGAGAGUCAGCCAAUUAACCACCAGUACUGUAGAGAAUGUAGAGAUUACAAUUAAGACCUCUGAAAAGAUAGAGGAGGCCCUCUCUCCUGAAGGUUCACCUUCUAAAUCACCCUCAAAGAAGAAGAAGAAAUUCCGUACUCCAUCUUUCCUAAAAAAGAACAAAAAGAAGGAAAAGGUAGAAGCCUAAAGCUACCUUGCACAUUUAAAACCCACUUUUUAGUCAGCCAUUAAUAUGGUCAGUUUAGGUAGGGUUAUGCAGGAAACUGGGCCUUAACCUGACAACAGAACUGGAAGAAAAUAGAAUCACUUUUUAUGUUAAUUACGCAAGGAAUUCAUCUCUUAAUUAGUAUGAGUAACAGUUACUAUGAGAGUUUGGAAUAUUGAAUAGUUCCAUCACAAAUUUGACACUAGCAGGUGUUGUAAGAUAGCACUGUAGUAAUUUCAAAUAUCCUUAUAGUAGCAAGUUAUACAUGGGGAUUUUUUAUUUAGAAAAUCUUCAGCACAGUUUUCACUAAGGUAGCUCUUGAGUUAUCAGAAAAUGUAAGUUUUUUAAUCUACUGCCUCACUGUGUAAUUGAAUGAAACUUCUUUGUAUUGUGAUCUUGACCAUAGCAUUUGUUGUAUCCCUGCCUCAGAGGGUGCCUCUUUCCACACUGUUAAGAGUAGGUCAUUCAUUAUACACUGGCACAUAAUACUAAAGGGGAAAAAUGUAAAAGGAAUUGAGUUUGGAAUUUUACAAACUCUGUAAAGAUUGCAUUCGUCAACAACUUUUGCCAAAUAUUUUGUUUUAGUAAGAUAUAAUUUUUGAAAACUUUUUUAUUCUAUCAGUUGGGGGGGCAGGGGAAAAGCCCUUAUUUUUCAAUAAAGGGGAUUUUAUACUCUUAACAUUGAUAACUUAGUUUAACUAUGGCAAAACAGAAAAAAGAAUUUUAUAUGUUGAAAUUUUUGUAUACCACUCAGUAUAAAGUAUUAUAGGCAUGUAAACCAAGCAUUUAACAGUAGAACGUAUUUAAGGAUGCUUGGGGUAGAGUAUACUUAAAUAUAAUUUAGGAAUCCAGAAUUUCUGAUACCAGAUGUUGAAACCAUAUAAAUGUAACUGGAUUCAAGUUUAAAUCUUCCUAUAUUUUUUCCUCAUGGUAUUGCUGUUGAAUGAAGAAAAAUAAUCUCAUUAACAUAUGGCCUAUCCAGGAGAUCAGUUCAAGAGGUGUCCCAGCUUUAUUGUAGACUUUUUAGGUUAUGCCUGAAACAAGCUCGAUUAAUGUCUCAAGGCAAAGAUUUAAGGACACACUGAUGAAGUUAAAACCAUAAGGGAUUUCUCCACUCUUUGUUUUGAGACACUCAUUUUUAAAUCCUCUAUCAACUGCUUCUUUCCAGACAAAGCGCUGGUACUAGGCUCACAGAAUAACAAGGCUCUUGAGAGCAAAGAGUUUUGUUGUUUCUGAGCAACAUACAACUGAUCAGUGGCAUCUCACACUCACAGUUUGUGCCCAUGCCACUUGUGCAACCACAUCACUCCAGGUGGCAGUAGCCCUCUUAGGGAAAGAGUAGUGUUGUUGAAUGGAAACUCUGUAGCCAUUUGAGCGUAGUAUCUCCACAACAGAUGUCCUUCCUAGGAUAGAGGUUGGAUCCUAUGCAGUGAAAUAUGCAGCAAGCACAUACGUGUUAGACUAUAAACUGAUCAUCUGGAAAGGCCCAUAACCAAAUGAAGGAGACAAAACCGAAAAAGGGAAAGUGAAAUGGAAAGGAUAGUGGCAUGGAAUAGAGAGAGUAGUAACUUCUGGAUUAUUUUUCAUAAAAUAUAUGGUAUGGAUUUUGGGGGGUACAGUAUUUUUAUUAAAUGAUUUAAAUGAUGAAGCAGCCGUUUCAUAUUUUAAAAUUACAAAAUCAAGGUUCAUAUGGAGUUCGACAUGUCCCCCUUUACUAUCAUAGAUGCUAAUAGGAACAUUUUAGUCUGCGUUUGACCUUUUCAAGGUAUCUUGGAACCAAUUAGUUUAGCACUGUUGGUGCCAAUCCUUCCACUUGCUUCUCUUUGAUGGUAGUUUUAUUUUGCUUUGGACCUGAACAAACAAAAAGAACAUGUAUAUACACGCUAAACAUGGAAAUUUAACUGAAGGCCUUUGAACUAGCUUGUGUACAUUAAUAGCCACAAAAGCAAAUGCACCUCCAAUAUCAAAGUGACUCCCAGAUUGCCAGUUGAAAUAUAUACCGUAUAUAGAUUGUUAAAUAUGGCUGGGGCGUGGUUUGGCAUGCAGAAAAUGACUAUAGCAUGUUACAGGGCUGGUUAGCUUUGACUGUGUAAGUGUGACAAUGCAGUGCUGGCGUGACUCUGGAAACGAUAUUCUAGAGAGUUCAAAAUACUGGAAUCAGUGUGCUCUUUUUUAAAAAAAUAGUGGGAAUUUCUAAGUUGCUUAACUUUAUGUUCUACAUUUUUUGUGUUGUAUUACAACAUAUGUAGAAACAGUAACCUGUGAACUAUGCUUUUCUUAACUUUAAAAAAAUAUAUCUAAAUGAAUGCAAUGUGCAUAAAUAUUUUUUUUUAAUGCAACCAUGAACUAUUUGCACCUUUUUUGCUAAUGCCUCUAUUUACUUGCUUUGGCAUAAAGAAUGAGCCAGCCAACUCUGUGUCCUGUGGAAAAAGAUAUAUAAAUGUUUGGGAAUUGCUCAUAGAUGUAAUGCUAAUUAAUGUUAAAUCACAAAUAAACAGUAUUUUAAAUAGA